AUGUUUUGCCGAAGUUAGCACAUGACAGUAAAUGCAUGGAACUUGUAAGACCAAAGAUGGAUUUUGAGGAAACUGAUUGGCUGUCUGAUGUAAGAACUGACACACUUUUAACUUCACUCUUUGGGACCUCAUCUUUGUCUGGAAAAAACCCACAUAAAAACAUUGCCAAGGAAAGUACAGCUCAAAAUUAUAAUACUGUAGAAUCUUACAGAAAUUAUCUCCUGUCAAGAAAAUCUAUGAAUGAUGAUGAUGAUGAUGAUGCAGUUGUAUGUAAGAAACAAAGGAAGAAAGUAAAAGAAAAGAGAAGGAAGAAAAACAAGCGAUUGGGUGAAAGACCCGAUGAAGAGGAAAGAAACUCCUCUGAUGACAUGGGGCCAGUUGCUGAAAGACAGGUUUUUGAACAGAACCUUAUACAAAUACCAUUGUCAGAAAAAUCAUGUGAGAAACCUAAAAAGAAAAAGAAACGUUUGCAUGUAAGUUCUAGCAGAAGUUGCAAUGAUGAUAGUGUUCUGAAGGAUUUCGGGUCUAAAAAGAGAAAACUAAAACCUUCUGUUGUUGAAGGUAAUUGUGCAAGCAUCACUUCAAAACCUUUCAUAGUAUCUGAUACCUGUGUUCAAAGGGAAGUAAUCUGUAACACCAAAAACGUUCCUGACAAAGAUGUAGCACCUGAGGGUAUAAAAAAGUCACCAUUAAAAAAGAAAAGAAAAAGAGUGUGUAAACGUAAUAAAUACAAACAUUUAGCUAAUUCUGACAGUGAAAAGAAGUCUGGCCUACUUCAGACUGAUAAAGCAUUUGGUGUUAAUAGUACAAAUAAAACAAUAAAAUGUACUGCCACUCAAGACAUAGUGAGUGUUGAUUCUAAACAUUUGAACAGAUCUGUUACAGAGGCAAAAAGAUGUACAAAAAAUGAAAAGGCUCUUCCGUUGUUGAAGUUGCACGAUACAGAAGAUAGGAAAAGAAUGUUGGGUGACAGUAUGUCUAAAGACACCUGUAGGACUCCCAAUAAACAUGAAUUGAGUGCUGCAAGUGUCAAAACAGGAAAACAUAAGAAAGGUAAAAGAGAAAUUGUACAAAAUAAUGGGAUAGAAAUGACAAAUAUAGAAAUUAGGACUAACAAACAUGAGUUCUCUGGAAUACCUGUCAAAAGUGGAAAGAAAAAGUUACUUGGCACAAAAACCAAACCUAAAGAGAUGAUAGAAAGCACGUCACUGGAUGAAACAAGACAUAUUUUAAAUAAGUCUCUAGACACAUCUAAACACACACCUGAAAAAAAGAUACCUUUUGACGUUAAAAAAUUGAAAAAAUAUUUGAAUGUGAACAGUAUAGAGUCUGGUGAAAAAGGGGAUCUGAAAUUAAAGCACCCAAAACACAGUGUUUUGAAAAACUCGGAAACAGUUCGGUCUCAGAUGGAUAUUAACUUGUUAAAUAAGAACAGUUUAAGUAGUUCAGCUAACUCGCAUAUUGUUGAAAAGUUAGGUGCUGUGAAAAAAAGAAGCAAAAAAGAUCUUUCUUUGCGUGAAAAGAUGCUAGAUCGUUUAAACUCCGCUCGCUUCCGCUAUCUGAGUGAGCAGAUGUAUACACAGACUGGAUCUGAAGCCAAGACACUGUUUGAAAAUGACAAAGAAGCUUUCCAGGUGUAUCACGAGGGCUACCAGGCACAAGUCAACAAAUGGCCUCUUAGUCCACUUAAUGUGAUUAUCAAAGAGAUAUUAAAACGGCCCACAGAUUUAGUUGUAGCAGAUUUUGGCUGUGGUGAAGCCGUCUUGGCUCAAAGUGUUCCUAAUGUUGUCUAUUCGUUUGAUCUGGUGGCUUUGAAUGAAUAUGUCACAGCUUGUGAUAUGGCAAAGGUUCCUCUGAGUCCUGGCAGUGCUGAUGUGGCAGUGUUUUGUCUGUCACUAAUGGGAACGAACCUCACCGAUUACCUCUGUGAAGCCAGUAGAGUCCUUAAACAAGGAGGCUUAUUGAAGAUAGCAGAAGUAGCCAGUCGUUUUGGGAAACGAUCUAAAUUUGUCCGUGAUGUGGAGAGGAUGGGAUUUAAGCUUACUGACAAGAACACUGAAAACAAGAUGUUUUACUUGUUUGAUUUUGUCAAGACUGGCAAUGUAAAGAAGGAUCUGAUUCCACAAAUUGAACUAAAUCCAUGUUUGUACAAGAAAAGAUGAAAAACCCCACAAUAUUGCACACAGCUUUACUGAAAACUACAUAGAAAUCUUAAUUUAAAGCCAAACAAAACAAAUUUCUGGUCUCUGGUCAGCAUGUGCGUCGAUUUUGACCCUUGCGCAUCAACAUUAAAAAAUAUUAUUUCCUGCAGCAUGAUGUCGAUUUUUGCUGGGCUUUUCUUGCUUAGACAUAAAACCGCAUUUGGAGCCAAAAUGGUCUAUAUGCUGGCUUGGACCAUUAAAUUUCUUUAUUUUCUCUCUAAAACAAGUCCUGUUGUUCUGAACGAGUAGCAUGGCUUGUUUUAAACAUGUGUGCCGUCAGACUCACAGUAAUGAAAAUUGCCAUGGCUAUAAGGAAAAUGUAAAAGAAAAUAUUUAGGGUACCAAGGCAAAGGAGGGGGCACCAUGGCCAUGGAGGAUGUACCAAGGCAGAUGAGGAGGAUGUAAACAAACUAAAUAUACCCACCUUUUCUGUGCAGUCCAUGAACAAAAAAAGAAAAGAAAAGAAGUUGCAUCAUGCAUUUCUGGAACUUUGGUCUGACCAGAGACUGACUUGGGUUUUUUUUUUGGCCUAAAGAAACUAUCCUGACUUUGCUGCAAUUGUUCAGAUGUUGUUGACCAAUAAAACUUUUUUAACUACUGUAAUUACAUAUUAAUGUUACAUUGUCUGGUUACCAUAUCAUAAUAUCAUGCACAAAUAUGAAGUACAAGUUCAACUGCACUUUUAAAAAAAUUGUGUGUGUUUCGCUAUGAACGGAGAACGUCGGAGGUAUACACUUGUUUCGUCGCCUGUGCGGCCAUUGCUCGGCAAACCACAAACGACGGCCUGUUGUCAAUUUCAGUUAACAGGUGCGUUUGCGGAUUUGAAAUUGUAGGGUACAUCUCAAAAAAUAAAAUGAGAAUUCUUGUGCUGUACAAAAAACGUUCAGUUGAGUAUACGUACUAUUCUUUUGUUAAAACCGGUUUUGAUCUUGACAACGUACUAUUGACAAUUGUACCUUCCUAUUUAAGAAUUAAUAUUUUAUAAAGUGUUAGUAGAACUUUCAAAGUUUAGUUUGUAUAACACAAUGAU